AUGAAGCUCCUUGCCCUCUUUCCUCCGGCCUCCCCGUUCCUCUUCGCGGUCCUUUCUGUCGGCGGCCUCGCAUCCAAGGCCCUGCAUAUCGCUUUGCACAUUCACUCGCUACCAUUGCUCUAUUUCAUCCUCUACUCACCUACUCUUGUCGUGCCGGAUGUGCUGGUCAUUUCUGGCGCGCGUGUAUUAUUGCAAUUCCCAGCCCCGGAAUCCAAACUACAAUGGCUGUCAACAUGCGUCGGUGGGCUUCUAGCCUUGAUCACCUGGGGCGCAGCCUCCAUCCAGUUCGGAUUCUUCAUGCAAACCGGUGCCGAAGUCGCCUGGUCUGCCAGCCAUAGUUUCCUCAGCGACCCCGCCGCCAUGAAGAUCCUACUCAGUGGCAUCUCAACCGUUACUGCUGCGUUUACAGUCCUCGGGCUAGUCGCAUGGCUCAUCCAUGCAAAACUAUACCACUGGACGGGCCUCGCGUUGCAGGCAAUUCGAGAUAUGUUUGCCGGAGGUCAUCAGGCACGGUAUACACUCUUGUCGGCACCAAACAAGUCCUGGGUGACUUCAAUGGAUUUCCGAUCUGUGCGCCGCAUCGCAAUCGCAGUCUCCAUUUGUUCCUCGAUGCUGUUCUUAGAAUUGAGCCGACCCUCAGUCCCAUACGAUCACCUGUCCGGCGCCCUUCCGUUGACUCUGCUCGAAGCGUUUAACAAGAAGUCAGCGACCGGCGAUGGAUGUCGCAAUGCGCCGAAGAAAUUUCCUCUAUGGACCGACGUGAAGACUAGUUUCAUGAAUGGAGGAUGGUCCCGACCCACUUGGCUCCCCGAACAUCCACCCUCGGGAUUCAGCCGUUGGGAGAUCAGCCCCGAGGAACGCGCCGAGAAAGAUAACCCUGCGUGGUAUCUUUGUAACAGUGACCCUGGUUUCUAUAACGCGAAGACUGAUCCACUAAAGAUAUCUAAUCUUGACGGCGAGAUCUUGGAGCCCCUGAAGAACGUCUUGAAAGGAAACUCCGUCAUUAUUGAUAAUGUGAUCCUUCUUACUCUCGAGAGUGGGCGCAAAGAAAUAUUUCCCAUGCAGCAGGGUACCCCAAUGUUCGACGCCCUGCUUGAGUCCCACCCCAAAGAGAAUAGAGCGGCAGCAAUUGAUCGCCUGGUCACGAUGACGCCCGUCGCUCAGAUGUUGACAGGGGAGCAUGCCACCGACAGCAAGGGCGAGCAGGUCGACUUAAGCCAAGCGAAAUGGCAUGACUCGGCUGAAGAUGGUAUGGGGGGACUGAAUGUUCGAGGCGCACUCACUGGCAGCUCUUUGACAUUCAAAAGUAUCCUAGGAAGUCACUGCGGAGUGCAGCCACUGCCUGUUGAUCUUUUGGAGGAAUCUCAACUUGAAAUCUAUCAACCCUGUUUGCCGCAGUUGUUUGACCUGUUCAACGAAGUCAAGUCGCCGUCUCAAUCGCUAACCGAGCGCGAAGAGAGUGCAUCUGAGGCGUUGAACUACCCAUGGAAGUCGGUUUUCAUGCAGUCGAUUACUGAUGACUACGACCGUCAGGAUAUCAUGAACGAGAACAUGGGUUUCAGGCACAAGGUUGUUAAGAACAGUUUGAACAACCGUCACUCCAAAUACCGGGCGAAGGGAUCGGAGAUCAACUACUUCGGAUACGCCGAAACUGAGCUCAGGCCAUAUGUUCGCGAUCUGUUCGAAGAAGCUGCUAACAACAAGACCCGCAUCUUCCUCUCGCAUGUUACGAGCACCACCCAUCAUCCAUGGAACACCCCAGAUGACUUCAAAAAUGAAAAGUAUAUGGGAGACAAGGGGACGAUUAACCACGGCCUGAUGAAUAACUACCUCAAUACAGCACGCUUUGUGGACGAUUGGCUCGGCGAUAUUAUGACGAUGCUCGACGAGACCGGCAUCGCCAACUCGACCUUGGUGGUGAUUGUCGGUGACCAUGGACAAGCUUUCGGCGAAGAUAAUAAAGACAUGACCGGUACCUACGAGAAUGGGCAUAUCAGCAACUUCCGCGUUCCUCUGGUCUUUCGACACCCGCAUAUGCCCCGGAUCGACAUCACCGCCAACGCGACCUCACUCUCCAUUAUCCCCACCAUCCUUGACUUGCUCGUUCAAUCUCACUCCCUCAACUCUCGCGAUUCUGAAAUUGCCUCAGCUCUGCUCCCCGAAUACCAGGGCCAGUCUCUCAUUCGUCCCUUUAUUUCCCAUAUUAAACCUCCGUCCGACAUCAAUGCUCGCAUCCCAAGCAAGUCUCACAAGUCCCAUAACAAAGACGGUCACCGCAUCCAAUAUACUUGGAACUUCGGCCUCAUUAAUGCAGGUGGCUCAAUGGUCUCCAUUACAGCGGCCGGCAUGCCCUAUCGUCUCGUCCUUCCCUUCAAAGAAGGGUUUGAAUACGUUUUCUCCCACCUAGACCAAGAUCCUGGCGAGCUGCAUCCCAUCAAAGCCUGGACAUUCGAUGACCUUAUCGAGGAAGUUGCGCCAAAAUAUGGCGACAAUGCCGUUGAAUGGCUCGAGGAUGCAGAGCAGGUCGGGAAAUGGUGGGAGAACGAACAGAGACGGAUCUGGGGAUACCGCGAAGCCUAA